AUGCCUAACUCUUUAAAACUAAGGCUAAAAGAUUUCAAGCUAGCCAAGGCUAAUAAUAGUCCUAAGUUAUACUAUAGUAAAACUUCUAUAGACUCUAAGAGCUACCUAGGCGUUAUAGGCUUUGAGGCUCUAGAUAGUGCACAUACUGGUGUAUAUCUUAGUAAAGUAUUUAAGUCUAAUAUUAUAGAAGGUUAUAAUAUUCCUUUUAGUAGAGUUAUAAGAGAAAUUAAAGAAUUAAAUACUACAGAAAAAGAAAAAGUCUUAAAGGCAAAUAGUAAAAGGGAGUUAAAUUACUAUAAAGAACAGCAAAAGCCUAUAGUAGGAGACUUAAGCUUAUUUACCUUCUUGGCUAGAGAUUUAUCUAAGCCUAGAGAAGGGCCUAUAGGAAACAAAGUAAAUUCUUUAGAGUAG